CCCACCACACGGGCCAACGUGGGCAACUGGCCUUGGUCAACAUCACAGUGGCUGGAGGGGCCUGGUCUCCCUCCCUAAACUGUCCAUCCCGGUGAUCAGGACCCUCACCCUGGAUCCUGCUCCCUUCAGAGAAGCAGGAGGGCAGGGACCCAGGCCCAGUAGAGGGCCUGCUUACCAACCACAGGACAGCAGCAGGGCCAGAGGCUGGCUCAGCUCUUUCCCUGUACCUGGAUCGUAACUGGGCAAACUGUGUUUACUAGGGCUGCGAGGUGCCUAUUUAUAGCCUCAGCUGCUCCUUCUCUGGCUCUCAGAGGGGUGGGGGGCAGGGUGGCUCCUCAGAGCAGGGGUGACCAGCACAGGGCCGCUGACCCUGCCUGAGUGCUACUCCCAGACCCCUGCUCUCCGGUCUCACCACCAUGGCGGGGGAGACCUUCCCCUUCACCUCUUCCACAUUGCGCUCCCUCCGCCUGCAACGGGAGUGGCUGGAGUGGGAGGACCGGCGGCGUGCUGCUGCCCAGCAGUGCCGCAGCCGCAGGUGCCCCUUGAGUCCCCGGGCCCGACUCACUAGGCCUCGCCGCUUCUGCCGAGACCCGGCCGUCCACAAUGCCCUGUUUUCUGGCGACCUGCAGCAGGUGCAAGCGCUGUUCCGUGAUGAGGAAGCUGCCAAUAUGAUCGUGGAGACUGUGAGCAACCAGCUGGCCUGGUCCGCCGAACAGGGAUUCUGGGUGCUAACCCCCAAGACCAAGCAGACAGCCCCUCUCAACAUUGCUGCGGCCCGAGGCUACACGGACUGUGCCCGCCACCUGAUCUUGCAGGGAGCAGAACUGGAUGCCCGUGUUGGGGGCCGGGCGGCCUUGCAUGAGGCCUGUGCCCGAGCACAGCUGGACUGCGUGCGACUCUUGCUGAACUUCGGGGCCAAGGCCGACGUCCUGUCUGAGGAGGGCACAAGCCCCUUGCACCUGUGCACAGUUCCUGAGUCCUUGCAGUGCGCCAAAUUGUUGCUGGAAGCAGGAGCCACGGUGAACCUGGCAGCGCAGGAGAGCGAGAUGACUCCCCUGCAUGUGGCAGCAGCACGAGGCCUAGAGCAACACGUGGCUCUUUACCUGGAACACGGCGCCAACGUGGGCCUACGCACCAGCCAGGGCGAGACUGCACUGAAGGGCCCUGGCAGCAGCAGGCAGCACGAGGCUGCCGCCCGCCGCCUCCUGGAGGCCGGCGCGGAUCCCCGGGCAGCCGGGCGCAAGCGCCAUACCCCGCUGCACAACGCGUGUGCCAAUGGCUGCGGGGUCCUGGCCGAGCUGCUGCUGCGCCACGGGGCCUGUGCUGGAGCCCCCAACGGGGCGGGCCACACGCCCAUGGACUGUGCGCUGCAGGCGGUCCAGGAUGCGCCCAACUGGGAACCCGAGAUCCUCUUUGCAGCACUGCUGGACUAUGGGGCCCAGGCUGUGCACCCGCAGAUGCUGAAACACUGUGCCAACUUCCCUCGGGCCCUGGAAGUCCUUCUUAAUGCUUAUCCUUGCGUCCCAUCCUGUGACUCCUGGGUGGAGGCUGUGCUCCCAGAGCUGUGGCAGGAGCACGAAGCCUUCUACAGCUCAGCCCUGAGCAUGGUGAACCAGCCCAGGCGGCUGCAGCACCUGGCACGCCUAACUGUGCGUGCUCAGCUUGGGAGCCGCUGCCGGCAGGGUGCCUCCCUGCUGCCACUGCCUCCACUCCUCCGGGACUACCUGCUGCUGCGUGUGGAGGGACGCAUCCAGUGAGCCAGGGCCAGGCUUCUCCACAGCCGGGCCAGCCCUCCCCACCUGGCCCACCUCCCACCCUAGUAGACCCAGGCUCUCCCUGUGCGCUUGCCUGUCCUCACAGUUCAGCCCAUCCCUUGCUCCAGCGUGUGGGUCUACAGACUCAGCCAUUGUUCACCACCCCGCUUUGCCCCCAGCCUCGGAUGGAUGCCUCAAGCCUGUGAUGCUGCUAUGCAUGCAUCUGGCCUGCCUGUUAAAAGGCACAGGUCUUGCCUCACCCUGCUCUGCCCAACCUGCCGCUCUCCUGUCAAGGGAGACCUUGGAACGAAUGUUGGAGACAUCUGUGGGAAUCGCAGCUCCAGGCAUUCAUUUCCUUCAGCCCAUCAUCGACACACUACAAAUGGAGGCCCAUGCAGACCUGGACCUCUGGCCCCUAGGACACUUUCAAGUCUUCCUAUACUGCUUACCUAACCUGUUGGAGCUGCUCUGCCCUUCUUAACAUCCAGCAUUUGCAUGGAUUGGUCCCAUCACUUCUGGAACCUUCCAACUCUUUUGACCUACUCAAGACCGAAUGAGCCCACAAGAUUGAGUUCUAUUACACUCUGUGCAGGGCC